AAGGGAGAGGAAGAGAAGAAGACAAUGAUGAAGAAGCUCAUUCCCAACAAACAGAUCGUCCUGAAUCACUAUGUAACUGGGUACCCAAAAGAGAGUGACUUUGGAUUGCGAUCCUCUACAACCAGUUGCACCCUUUCCCAUGGUUCCACAUCAUCUGCUGUUCUUCUAAAGAACCUAUACCUCUCCUGUGAUCCUUACAUGCGCCACCGCAUGUCCGAUCAUAUCUCCCAUUCCUGUACUAUUGUCCAGUCCUUCACCUCUGGCUCUGUCCUUGUGGGAUAUGGCGUGUCCAAAGUCAUAGAGUCCACAUAUCCAAGCUUCAAAGAAGGUGACUUUGUUUGGGGCAUGAUUGGAUGGGAAGAGUACACUUUGAUCACUACCCCUGAUAGCCUAAACAAGAUCAAUUUUACCGACGUACCCCUCUCAUACUAUGCAGGCAUUCUGGGCAUGCCAGGAAUUGCUGCUUAUGCUGGAUUUCACAAAAUAUGCUAUCCCAAAGAAGGGGAUUGUGUGUAUGUUUCUUCUGCAUCGGGAGGAGUUGGUCAACUUGUUGGUCAAUUUGCCAAACUUAUGGGUUGCUAUGUUGUUGGAAGUGCCAGCACUAAAGAGAAGGUUGAUCUCUUAAAGCACAAGAUGGGAUUUGAUGAAGCAUUUAACUACAAAGAGGAGCAUGAUUUGGGUUCGGCAUUAAGAAGGUACUUCCCGCAAGGCAUUGACAUUUACUUUGACAAUGUGGGCGGUCACAUGCUUGAUGAAGUUAUCUUGCACAUGAAAGUUCAUGGCAGGAUUGCACUCUGUGGCAUGAUUUCUCAAUACAAUAUUGAGAAACCAGAGGGUGUACACAAUAUGUUUAGCCUGAUCAUGAAGCGGAUCGAGAUGAAGGGGUUUGUUGAAAAUGAUUUCGGGCAUGUGUAUCCAGAGUUGGUCGAGUUAUGUAUCAAAUACUUGCAGGAAGGGAAGCUGGUCUAUGUUGAAGAUAUUGCUCAGGGGCUGGAGAAUGCCCCUUCUGCUCUUGUUGGAAUUUUCUACGGCCGCAAUGUUGGUAAGCAAGUCGUUUGUAUUGCUAAGGAGUAAGAUACUUCUGGCAAUAUUAAUAAUAUAUAUUAAGUGAACAAGGAACCUUGUCUUACUACUAGUUUACACAAUCAAUCCU